AUGCUGCUGGGGAGAAAACUAUCACAGCAAAGAAAACCUUCCGCCUGCAAGAGAAAGGUAAACAUCUUCUACUCAGCUGCAUUGAGACAUAAUACGAAGCAUUUUUUGAUAAUCCCUAGUUUUAUAUCUCUUGGUUACACUGUAGGCUGAUUUUAGCAGGCUAUUCCUUUUUCAGUAUGUUCUGCUAUUUUUUAAUCAAAACGUUGUUUUGAUCACCAAAAUGUCUCUUGAAAACAUCUUUGAAAAGAAAAUAUUUAAGGUAAUAUAUCAAACAUGAGACAGUGUUUGAUCACAGAUCAAUCACUGAGAAGAGAGUUGAAAAUAUGACUUGCAGCGGAGUAUUUUUGGGAAUACAAGUACACUUUAGUUUCUGAACCAUGCUAUACAAAUAAGUUAAAGAAAAGGGCUGAGAUGUAACUCGAUAAACACUGCAACCACACAAAAUAAAGUUCUUGAAUUUUGGGUACGCAGAAAAUGCUUUGACUUGCAUCAGACAAAGAACUGUGGUUGAAAGAGAGUCUUUAAUGUUGAAACCAAAUCAAAAUAAUAUAUGCCCCUCUUUUAGGAUGUGCUUUUGACACUGAAAGGGGUGAUGAAUGGUCUUUGCCAGCAUUUGCGAGCACAAGCAGAGAUAAAAAAUUGGCCUUGCGAGCAGUUAAAAAAAUAAUAAUUUAAGGGACCAUUCAUCACCCCAACUGAAAAUUACAACAUUGUUCUUAAACCAGAAAGAUAACAGUAAAUGUCUUAGGAAACUUGUUUGAACAGAAACUGUAAAUUACUGAACCACCUUUCUUUGUUUUGUGUGGAACUUGUACAGUAGUAGUAUCAACCCCAAAAGGUGUUUAAUGUAUGUCUCUGAAUCUCCAUUUUUCACUGAUCAAUGUUUGAUGGAACUAGUUAAAAGAGAUACAACAGUAUGCUGUAUCCUGUGGACAGUGUUUGAUAUAACAAGAUAAUAUGAUACUUUUCCCUAUGUGCAGGCAAAUGCUGCUAACUCUGGAGAUUCCAAUGCUACAAAGGUGACUAAAAUAUUUCUGGUCUCUAAGUCUCUUAAUCCUCUUAAAAAGUGCAUAUGAACAUUGUAAAUCAUUUUGUGUAAUACAGGUGAACUUCUUUUGAUGGCCACCUCUCAAAUUCCUACAAUGCUAAAUAAUUUGUUUUUCUCGCAGUCAAUAGUCAUAAAAAAAAUUAAUGCACUCCUUUAGAAUAACCAGCUCUCUACAACGGCAAUUGCCGAUGCAAUAGGCUACCUUCCAUAUAUUAAAAUUUAGCAUGAUAAGGACACAAACAAAGAAAAUGAAUAAACAUGUUUAUUCAUUUACUUUGUAUGUUUGUGCAUUUUUUUGUUUGUGUCCUCUAAGAGUCAUUAUCAUGCUGAAUUUUAAUAUACCAAAAGUGGCCUAUUGCAUCCCAACUGCCAAAACAAUCUGUCCACAAUGGCCUUUUUAUAAGGAAGCAAAGUACAAAGCGAAGUACAAAAUUAACAUAUUCACUGUACAUUACUUACCUUCUUUAGUUAACAUUUCUAUUGAAUCUUUGGUUUAUAUUGUAUUGCUAUAUUUCAAAUGUGGUACACCAUAAUAUUAUUAAAAUAAUAAGCAUGUUUUAUACAGUGGAAGUUCUCGUGAAAAAAAGUGUCGUAACUGGAGCUGACUGCUUACGAGAAUAUUAUUGUUCUGUUCCACUAGUGGAAUGACAUAUCAUAAUUAUAUCUUUAUUAACAUUAUACUUGCACAUCAUUGUUGGGAACACAUGUUUAUUUCUUUAGAAAGCUAAGACAAAUGUUGAAGAAGGCAGUGGAGAAGAUGUGAUUGACGUAAUGAAUUUUCAUUCCACUUGUAGUUAUGAAACUCGUUUUUCAGGACUGUGCUCCAGUCGUCUAUAGCAAUAAUUUUUUCUGUGCCCUUUGACAACCAGAAGAUCUUAGCCCUUGAACAAAACAAAUAAGCUAGGCACUCUGCGUUUCAAAGGUCUAGAGAUUUUCGUCUUCAAGCCAUUUUAUUAGAGCACAGCAUUGGUUGUCUAUUAUGCAGUCAAAGUUUAUAGUGAUUCUUAAUGGGUACUGAGAGCCGAAGUAUCUACAUUGGAAGAAGGAAAAGAUGAAGACUCAGAGUCUGACCAAGAGGUAAAUUUCCUUUCAUCUUGCAGCAGAGGAACUUACUAGUCAAUGCUGUAUUACACUAAUUUCUAAUCCUAGCCUACAUGUAGUAAUAUGUCUUGCAAUGUCAUGCUUUGCCAUUAGAAUUCUGAUGCCUGUGAGGUCUGGUUUAAACAUGUUGUACUAUAUAUGUGCCAAAUCUAAUGAAGAUAGACACAGUUCCUCAAUUAGCACUGACAGGUAAUGAAAUGCAUCGCCUACUUUUUCCCCUAAACUGAAGUAGUACAGUGGAACCUCAAUAAAUGAACCACUAUUUGAUGAAGUCCUCAGUAUAACAAACAAUUUUCUUCGCCCCAAUAACAUAUAUGAAAAAGAAGAAAGAACCUCAUCAUAGAAAGCAUAUUUUGCCAGUCCCUUGGCCCCUUGUUAUAUGGAGGUUCCACUGUACAGGGGAGAUUAUAUCAAGCUCCUUAUUGAAAAAAUCAGUCGCUCUACGAGACGAGCCAAAUACAUCAAUUUUUUUUAGAGCCCCUGGGUACAAGAGAAUAACAAUAAAUUUUGCUCAUUAGCAUUAGAUUCAGCACACAUGAACCUUGACUUUUUAACUGGUUCAUACUUUACAGGCAGAGGGCAAAACCAAGAAUAAAAGAAAUAGUCCUUUAUCCCGAUAUGAGCGGAAAAAAUUAAAGCGGGUGGAGGAAAACAACCUGAUGUUAUUGAAACAAAACAUAGUAAGCUAUUACAAUAGCCCAAGGGCGUGGGCCAUAAAUCAACAGGAAAAAACGAGAAAUGGUAACUUACAGUACGGACUACGAAGAACAAGGUCCGUAAGGUAUUAUUAUGUCUCUGAAUUUCAUAGGGCGCGCAGGAAGGAAGCGUUAAGAUUUAGUGAGCCAUAUUGUUUUGUACUGAGAGUUGAAAUAAUGAAUUUCAUAUAAUGAACUGCAAGGGGAAGAAUAGCCUGGGACCAGGCUCCUUGGUAGGAAAAAAACGGCAAAAAAUGGGGUGAAAAGGAGUGCAAAAACAAUUGGCAAGCGAACGAAGCGAGCCAAGUGGGGGACUAGCGACAGGGAAAGGACGCCGUCUCUUUCCCUCCCAAGUCACCCGCUCGGCUCGCUUGGCUCGCUUUUUUACGCUUUCCAUCCUGUUUUUUGCUUUUUAUCCCACCAAGGAGCCUGGUCCUAGGCUAGGUGAAAAAUUAAACAGAAAGGAGAUAGAAGCAACCUAUGCAGCGGAAAAAAAAUCCUGAAAAAAAAUUCAGGCUUAUACAGGAUGCAAAUAUUUUACCUAUGCAAUUAGUGCUGCACCAGUAUCAGUCAAUGGUUCAAAUCCUGUAACAGCCAGAAUUAUUUCAGCCCUUCUCUUGUUGCAUCUGUACCCGCAAAGAUCUUCUUUGCAUUUAAAAUAAUAUUAAUCUCAACAUGCAGUCUACAUUUGGGGUAAUAUGCAAUGUUACCAGCUCAAAGAAUUUUGGCGGGAAACAUAUCUAUUGUUACUGCCAUGAAACCUCAAAAUAACAAUGAAUUGUGCUCCGUUGAGGACAACAGUCCGGCUAUACAACAAGGAUACUUAUACCAUGUAUUGUUCACUAAUUAACUGAUGGAUAUAUGUACAUUACAUGCUGACAUGCAUGCCUUCUUUUGCUUUCUUUCAGAUUUCUCAUACCUUUGCGUCAAUAACCGCCUUGUUUUUCCUUACUGUGAAAAAGCUUAGUGAUGUCACUGUCAUGAGUGUUAAAAAGGCCCUUACACAAUUGGGUGUGACUGUCCCUAAAUUACAGUCAUAUGGCAAAGAAUCAUUAGUGAUACUACUAGGUAAAGAACUUUUUGGCAAGGGUAAA